AUGACGUAUGAAACAGGUAUUUUUGUUUUUCAUCGAAUAACAGAUGAAAAGCAGUGGAAAUUGUUUUUAAAAGCUGUUUAUGACUAUUUUCUACAACAUCAAAAUGACAAUGUUCGUAUGACGGUGAAUCGAAAUGAAACAACUGGUGAAUUUCAACCGCUUGUGGACGAAUUGAACGCUGUUUCUACAGACCUGAAAGGAUUACACUUAACAGACCAGUUUAAUUUUAUCACAGGAGAUUGUGAUAAUUCAUUUUUCGCUACGUGGCGCAUAAACUUAGCGGAAAAUCUUUAUGGAAAACCCUGCUACAAAUUAACUGAAGAGGAAAAGACAAGAGUUUGCACAGAAAGUAUCGAGAAAAUGAGAGAAACGAUGAAACGUAUGAAUUAUUCAGUCACGGAAGACGAAUUACUCGAAAUAGUUGGAUUUAAAGUUGGUAACAGUCAAAAAAGUCUUUUGGUUGAACCACCGGUUGCAAUUUCUAUCGAAGGUAUUACACUGCCUGUCUAUGCUCAUCAUUUCAAGAAGACUAGAGGACAAGUUUGGCAUCCAAUGUGUUCAGAAUCAGUCAUCAAAAUUUUUUAUAAACUACUGAAAAAUUAUUUUUCAGAAGCGCAUCAUUAUUGUUAUUUCAAUGAACUAAAUUACCUCAAUGAUCCAUACGAACCUCCAACACGAUAUUAUUCAUCUGAUCGCAGAUAUCGACAACAUGCUACAACAGAAACAAUGGAAGAAAACGAUGCAUUCUAUCAACAAAUAAUAGUGAACAAUUUUCCAAAAUUAAGAAAAUUAGCAUUUUCCUUAUUAAAUAUAUCAACAGAUAAUAGUAGUUUAGAAAUACUUGGUUGUUUACAUACAUUAGCUAAAUUACAAAAUAAUGUCAUUAAUUUCUAUAAACAGAAUAAAUCGGGUGCUACUUUACUUUUACCAAUUAUUAUAUUAUCCGGUAAAAGUAAUAAACGUUUGUUACUUAUUAUCGAUGUAUCACUAUAUAAUGAUAUAAGACGAAAUAUAAAACAAGAGCAAUUAUUAAUUGAUGAAAAAAAAACAUUUCGACAACUUUUAAUGAAUACAAAACCGGACGAUAUACGAAAGCUUUUAGGCUCAUUAGAUUAUGUAUUUACAUAUCUUCAACAUUCUACUGGCAAACAAGCAACAUUAAGAAUAAAAAGUUUUGUUCAAACUUCAAUACAAAAUAAAACCCAUUUACAUUCAUACAUACUUAAUGAACAACAACCCUUUGCUAAUAUUCAAUUAAAAUAUAUUAUUAAUUUCUAUGAAUUAAUUGAAGAAUUAGUAUUCGAUGAGAUAAUGAAAAAUUAUGUUAAACAAGAAUUAACUACAGAUGCAUGUACAAAUGAUGAAGAAAAGUUAAAUAUUAUUAAACAAUUUAUACAUCUUAUUGAUAUUGAUGCGACUAUUUGGAUACGACAUCCAUAUAUUAUUUUAAAAGGAAUUGAAACAAAAUUAGCAAUAAUAAAUAACUCGAAUACUGAUAGUAAAGCUAUGAAUGAAUCAAAAAAUGUUCGCGAUUGGUGUCAAACAAAAAAUGAAAAAAUGAAUCCAUUAACAACAACAACAGCAGCAGCAUCAGCAGCAAACGUCACGAAAAAGACAAAACGUCGUGUGGAUUGA